UCACGUGGUAACCAGGAAGCUCCUCUGUUUUCCAAUCCAACGGAGAGCAUCCUUUCUGUGUGCAGAAACUAGACUGUUAAACACAAUGGAUCCUCUCUCUUCUCCAUACUGAGCUCAGGAUGUCCUCCUUCAUCACAGCCUGAUCACCAUGGCGACCUCCAGCUCCACGUGCACCCAGGACAGCUCCACAGAGAAGGAGCGGCUCCUCUCCCAGUUUGCGGGCUAUGGGUCCCGGGACCUCCUGGCCCCUCGUCCCUCCUCUCUGCUGGGGGCCCCUCGUCCCUCUCUGCUGGGCUCAGAGGCCCCUCAGAGGAAGGAGGAAGAUGAGGAAGAGGAGGAGGUGCUGAGGAGGAAACUGAAAUACUUCUUCAUGAGCCCGUGUGACAAAUAUCACGCCAAGGGACGCAAGCCGUUCAAACUGGGCCUUCAGCUGCUGAAGAUCAUCAUCGUCACCGUGCAGCUGGUGCUGUUUGGGCUCAGUAACCAGAUGGUGGUGACAUUUAAGGAAGAGAACACGGCGGCGUUCAAACACCUUUUCCUGCAGGGAUUUCAGGACGGAGCUGCUCAGAGCGUGCACACACAGAAGGAGCUCUACAGCCGCAUUCACUACGCUGUCCAGCAGUAUAUGGCUCUCCCUCAGAUCUCUCUUGGUCAGUACGCCUAUGUUCUGGGUGCCGGUGAAAAUGGAAGUGCGCUGUCCCUCUGCCAGAGGUUCUACAGGAAGGGAACCAUCGACCCCUCCAACGACACCUUCGACAUCGAUCCGCAUGUGGACACCGAAUGCAUUGGACUGAAUCCACCGACCUACAGUGCUGCUCCAGGAAACAGUGACUACAAGAAUUUCACUCUCAAGUUUUACAAGCUGAUCAAUGUCACGAUCGAUUUCCAGCUGAAGGCCAUCAACAUUCAGACCAUAAUAAACAAUGAAAUCCCCGACUGCUACACCUUUGCUAUCAUGAUCGUCAUGGACAACAAGGCUCACAGCGGCAAAGUGAAGAUCCAUCUGCAGAACCAGGCGUCCAUCCAGGAGUGCAGAGACCCCAACGUGUCCGGGCACGCGGAGAGUUAUGCUCUGGAGUUUUUCGACGUGUGUGUGGCGUUUGUGUGUCUGAUGUCUCUGCUGCUGUGCGGACGCUCCGUCCUCAGAGGCGUCCUGCUGCAACACGAGUACGUGCAGUUCUUCAAACACAGACUGAUCCGCAGGGUGAGCCUUGGAGACCGGAUGGAGUUCAUCAACGGCUGGUACCUCCUCCUCAUCAUCAGCGACACCUUCACCAUCAUCGGCAGCUUCAUCAAGAUCAGCAUCGAGUCCAAGAACUCAUCCUCGUACGACAUGUGUGGGAUCCUGCUGGGAACCUCCACCCUGCUGGUGUGGGUCGGAGUCAUCCGCUACUUCAGCUUCUUCCAGAAAUACAACAUCCUGAUUGUGACUCUCAGAGCUGCGUUUCCUAACGUCAUCCGCUUCUGUUGCUGCGUAGCGGCCAUUUAUAUGGGCUACUGCUUCUGUGGGUGGGUUGUGCUGGGGCCCUAUCAUGCCAAGUUCCGCUCCCUGUCCAUGGUGUCACAGUGCCUCUUCUCUCUGAUCAACGGAGACGACAUGUUCGUGACGUUCGCUGCGAUGGAGCAGAGCGGCCCUCUGGUGUGGAUCUUCAGCCAGGUGUACCUCUACACCUUCAUCUCGCUCUUCAUCUACAUGGUGCUGUCGCUCUUCAUCGCCCUCAUCACCGGAGCCUACGACACCAUCAUGGCUCAAACGAAGGAGCAGGUCCGAGUCAGCGCUCUGCACCAGUUCAUCUCCGAGUGCAACGACACACCGAGCUCCGGGAAGUUCAGAGGACCAGAAGGAUCCUCGUGUUCCUUCCUCUGCUGCUGCUGCUGUGACUUCAAACACCCAGCAGGGACUCUGAAUGCGUCGAUAGAGAGAAGCGACUGACCUUGAACACUCUAUCCUUUGCUGUCUGAAAUUGUUGCAUUUCGAUUUGUCCGGGAACGCCUGAACGCACCGCACACAGGCCCAAUUACCUGCUCGGGCUUUUGUACUAUAUGAAUAAUUUAUGGUCUCUUUGUGAAAUGUCAGUUUGUCAGAGCUUUGAUGACUACAAGAAUAAUGCCAGUAAACAUAUUCAUCGCUGUAGAGUGGACGCACAUUUCCACCGGAACACACACAGCGGUUUAUCAUCAUUUCAGUGUCCACACGCCUUUACAAUAUGUAAAUAUGUGUCUGAAUCUUCAUAGGGAUUAUUAACCGCUGUGACUUUAGCUUCUCCAACCAUUUCACUUUCAAGGUUGUUGUUCCUCCUCUUUUUUCUUAUUCUUCGCUCUGUUCUCAUCCUCCUCUGGCUGGAGGAGGAAGAUGAUGGUUUCACCAGGAAGGACCAGUCAUCAUCAAUAUGUAUGAAGUGUUAUUGCUGUUAAGAGCCAGGUGACUAAUGCACUGAGAGACUCUGCAGUGCUCUGUGCAAGGCAGCUGUCUUGUCAAUUUUAACCAAUGAGCUAGAAGUUUAAAGGGAAACUUAAUUCGCAAAAAUACCUUUUUCUAUAUCAAUAACUCGCAGUGAAAACUUUAUCACAUGGCUCCACAAUGAGCAAAGAAUCCAAAAUACAGAGACGUUUCUUAGUUUAAUGAAGAAAAUGCGUUUCAAACAGAAAAAUGAUAUCAAAACAUCCAUUUAAAACUCUCACACAAUUUGUGGAGUUUAAUCCCAGUCCGAUGUAUCUAUUCGUAUGCUCAUUACUUACCAAAUAUAUACGUCUUGUCUAAAAUAUUACUAUUUAAAACACUUUUUAAUGAGCAGUGUCACACUUGCUAAGUCGCGCUAUGCUUCCCUCUAAAGGUUUUAGUCUAAAUGAAUGUGUUUGUGAAGUAGUCAGCAUACAACGUCGACUGUUUUGAUAGUUUUGCUGUUAAAUCUGCAUCCGUUUAGAUCAAUUCAUUAAGAGUUUUGGGGAUCCUUUGUUCAUCUUGGAGGAAUUUGAGAAAAAGCUAAAUAUGUUCUUAGGUUUCAAGGUAACACUAGGUAAUUCAAUGAUGAACAAUGAUCAUUUUGUAGGUGAAAUAUUCCCUUAAGUGAAUUUUAACCAAGUAUGUACAGUAUGUGUUUAGGCUUUGUAGCGUAAUACGUUGACAUGUUAGGGAGUUAUAUUAUAUAUAAUAUCCAAUCAAUCCAAUCCACUUUAUUUAUAUAGCACAGUUUAAAAACGGAGGGUUUGCCAACGUGCUUCACAAGGAACAUAACAUUAUAAUAAAAUAUAAUAUUACACGAAUAGAUAAAAGGCACACAUAAGAAAAGAUAAAAAGCACACAUAAGAAUACAUACAAGGCACAUAGAGGCUAUGGACAGACAGUAAAAGCAUACAAAUAGGUAAGACAUAGCUCAGACUGACUGGUAAGCGAGGGAAAAGAGGUGGGUCUUUAGGCGGGACUUCAAAGCUUCAAGAGUGGGCGACAAUUUUACAUGAGGGGGCAGGUCGUUCCAGAGCCCGGGGGCUACCGAUGAGAACGCUCGGUCUCCCCUGGUCUUUUUCUUUGUUUUUGGGACUAUCAGCCGCAGCUGAUCAGCCGACCUCAAAGCCCUUGAAGCCUGUUUGAAAGCUUAAUAGCUCUUUUAUAUUAUCUGUAAAUGAAAAAGGGUAUUUCUGCAAACAAGCAAUUCUUCAUUUCACCUUUUUUUCCUUCAGGCUCAUAAAGGGCGCUGUUUAAUGGAAAAGAGACGUUCACUGCACAAAAUGUUUCAGGACUAAAAGGUGUAUUAAAUUAUUGUUAUGCUAACUUAUAUGAAUGACUUUUGUUUACAAUCACAACACGUGUUUACGCUUUAUGAAUGUUUAUUUACACUUCAUUAAGACUGAUUCACUUGAUUUCAAUGUGUCACUUUGGUUUUAUGUUAAUAGUGUUUUUAUUUAAAGCUGCUUUCUUAUAUUUGUUAUGCUGUCUUAAUUAUUUUUUAUUGUUAUUAUUUGAGUAUUAGUUUCUGUAUAGGAGUACAAGUUUUAAUGAUAAUUUUUAUGAAUUAUGUUCUGUAAAGCUGCUGCCAUCUGAAUGAAAACAUUUCAAGUCAAAUAAACUGGAAAGACUUCAAAAUGGU